AUGGCAUCCCCACGUACGUCCUAUACAACUCCCCACCCAAAACAGACCCCACUAACAGACAACCCAGAAACCAUCCAAACAUCCAUGACGGACCUCCUCGGCAUCACCCAUCCCAUCAUGCUCGCCGGCAUGGGCACCGCCGCCGGGCCCCGUCUCGCCGCCGCAGUCACCAACGCCGGCGGCAUCGGGGUCAUCGGCGGCAUCGGCUACACGCCCGCUGCGCUGCGCGACGCCAUCGCCGAGCUCAAGUCGUAUCUACACGACAAGAACGCGCCGUUUGGGGUUGAUCUGCUCAUCCCGCAGCUCGACGACCUGAUCACGGUGAUCAUCGAAACCGGCACGAAACUCUUCGUGUCGGCGGUGGGCGUCCCCCCACAGCACGUCGUGGACCGGCUGCACGCCGCCGGCGUGCUGUACAUGAACAUGAUCGGACACCCGAAGCACGUGGCGAAGUGUCUCGCGCGCGGCGUCGACAUCGUCUGCGCGCAGGGCAGCGAGGGCGGCGGGCACACGGGCGACGUGCCGACGUCCGUGCUGGUGCCCGCCGUGGCGCGGCUGCUGCGCGGGAAGACGAGCCCGCUGACGGGCCAGCCCGUGCAGCUUGUCGCGGCGGGGGGUAUCUACUGUGGGGCGUCGCUGGCGGCGGCGCUGAUGCUGGGAGCGUCGGCGGUGUGGGUGGGCACGCGGUUUGUUGUUGCGAGGGAGGCCGGGGCGUCGCGUGCGCAUCAGGAGGCCGUUACGGCGGCUGGUUUUGAUGAUACCAUUCGCACGAUUAUCUUUUCGGGCCGUCCGCUGAGAGUCCGCAAGACGGACUAUAUCCUCAACUGGGAGCAGAAUCGCCAGGCCGAGAUCAAGGAGCUCACAUCCAAGGGCAUCCUGCCUGUCGAGCACGACGCCGACGCCCAUCCGGAUGACCCUGAGAUCCUGGACAAUGCGUACCCGCAUCUGAUGGGCGUGUGCGCCGCCGAGAUUCAGCAGGUGCAGUCGGCAAAGGAGAUCGUGGAUGAGAUGAUGGCCGAGGCUGCGGAGAGGUUGGCGGCGGUGGGUAAACGCUUCACCUCGAAGCUAUAG